UGUCGCCCCCUGGCGGCUCUGAGCUAAACUGGACAGACUGACCACAGCUGGUGUCAAACACAAGCUGCAGGAAUUCACACCAACCCUUUAACUUUGGGCCGAAAUUCUGCAUUUCAGCGCGGCACUUUUGGUUUUUCACGUCGUAAGUGUUCCUGAGAGUCGCAGCCCUGCAUUCCAAAAAGGAAGACGAGUAUUUCACCAUGAGCUCAGACGAUGGUGACAUGGAGAACCAGGCUGAGCUGGAAGAGAAGACGAGGCUCAUCAACCAGGUGUUGGAGCUUCAACACACUUUAGAGGACCUCUCUGCUAGAGUGGAUGCUGUCAAAGAGGAGAACCUGAAGCUGAAGUCGGAGAACCAGGUCCUGGGUCAGUACAUCGAGAACCUCAUGUCUGCCUCCAGUGUCUUCCAGACCACCGACACCAAGAGCAAACGAAAGUAAGAAAGGAGAACCCCCCCCCCCCUCCCCGGACCGUCCUGGACCACUGGACUCUUAAUGAUCAACAUCAUGGACCCUUUAAUACUGCCCCGGCCUGAAUCCUGUUUGAGUCUGCGUCAUUACCGUUACAUGUCCACUAGGAGGCAGUGUUGCAUUUCUCACAUCAGAGUCUCAUCGAAAGGGAAAAAAAGAGCAGGUUAGAAUACAAAGACCCACAUUUCAGUUACUAAUCAGCAUAUAUGUUGUUAGAAAAACCCCUUAUUGCAUCUGUAUGCCAAUAUGUAUCUGCUCAGAAGCAUGUUUUAGACUCUACAGCAGGGAUGGGCAACUUAAAUGCUGCAGGGGGCCACCAUUUUUACAUGCACAAUACCACAGGGCCACAUAUAAGAGUGUGCACUUAACCAGAUAUGAUGAAAGUGCAAUUUUAAAUAUGUUUACAGUGCAGUAACUUAACAUAUUUCAUGCUGAAAUGCAUGUUUAACAGUAUAAAUAGGAAUACAAAAGGUUUGAAGCAAAUAAAAAAUAACCACUUUCUGUGAUUUAUUUAUUUUUCAGUGCAAGAACAGCAGACCAACAUUAAUUGCAAGAAGUAAUUUUGUGCAUUUUUACACUGCACUUUUAACAUUUCAUGCUCAAAUGCAUGUAGUUGUACUGAGGGCCACUUUAAGUGAGGCUGCGGGCCGUAUGUGGCCCCCGGGCCUCCAGUUGCCCAUCCCUGCUCUAGAUCAACAUCUGACUUCAUCUCUCAUCUCAAACGUUAUGAAGUCCCAGAGCAGCAGCAGCAGAUUUACACUCGUCUGAUCCCCAAACCUUCUAAAGUGUAGUUGCUGGUUAUAGAGCGGCCGAAAUUUUAGUGUGUCUUUAAAUUGUACAGCAGCUUGUUUGGGCUCUAAAUUAAGUGACUCCAUCUGGGAGCCUAUUGGGUAUCAGACUGACAACGAUUAAGCCUCUGAGGCAUGGGUCUCAAACUCGCGGCCCGCGGGCCAAUUGUGGCCCUCGUGAUGAUAUUUUGUGGCCCCCACCUUGAUAUGAAAGUUUAAUGUGAGUUUUAUAUGAAUGGCACUUUACUGUGUUGUGUGUGGAAGGUCCCUUUAAUUACUUUUUUAAAUAAUUUUGUGUCUUUUUUCAAUAAUUGUGUUUUUUUAAUAAUUUUGUCUUUUUUUAAAAAUAAUUUUGUGUCUAUUUUUAGUAAUUGUGUGUCUUUUUAUUGGUCAUUUUGUCUUUUUUGGGUCAUUUUGUGUCUUUUUAAUAAUUUUGUGUCUUUUUUAGUAAUUUUGUGUCUUUUUAUUGGUCAUUUUGUGUCUUUUGGGUCAUUUUUUGUGUCUUUUUUUGGUCUUUUUGUUUCUUUUUUAAGUAAUUUAAAUUUUUUCUGUAAUUUUAUGUCUUGUUGGGUCAUUUUGUGUCUUUUUUUUUGUGAUUUUGUGUCUUUUUUUGGUCACUUUGAUACUGCCUCUAGCGGCCCCCAGGUGAUUUGAGUUUGAGACCCCUGGUCUGAGGGCAACAGAGUCUCAGUGUAGCCAGAUGCUAAACGAAGAUCUAAGCCAAGACCGGCUCUUCUUCUUCUCUUUCAGUCCAAUUAUCAAUUUGAGACACAAUCAUGUAGUUGGAGUUGAGAGACAAUUUUUUUUCGGCCUGAUUUUUUCCCUCAUUUGAAUGCAGUCAAGCUUUUAAAAAGCUUAUAAAAUUCAUAGUGAGAUGAUAUUUGACGGGUUCAGAGAUGUAUUUCGGUCGAUGCAUUCCAAAUCAUGGAAAAAGUCAUUAGACCACCCUUGUUUCCUCUAAUAUCUUGUUCAUUUUAAUGCCUGGUACAACUAAAGGUACAUUUGUUUGGACAAAUAUAAAGAUACCAACAAAAAUAGCUCAUAAUAGUUUAAUUAAAGAGCUGAUAUCUAGUCAUUUAACAUGGUUUUCUCGAUAAUGAUUUUGGUUAAUAUCAAUAAAACCACCUGAGUACAGGUUUAUACAUUAAGGAAAGAAGGAUACAAAAAUGUGUUCUAAUAAGUGACUCUUUAUAUAAUAAUCACAUUUGUUUUGUUGCAAAGCAACGAAACUAUGAUCUUUUUUGUACAAAUUUGAUCUCGCUUCCAAACUUUUGGCCUGUAGUGUAAUGUUUUCCAUGCAUUGCUUUGGUCUCCAACAACAGAAAAUCAACUAAACCACAAGCUCUGCAUCAUUUGUUAGUUUUCUAUUCAUUACUAUGGACAAUAUAUCGACAGUUUAGAUCACAGAGAUGUUUGGAAGAGGUGAUGCCACUGUCUCUGGCACUCCACCUGGCACAUACGGAGGCCCCUUUGACAUCUUGUGAUAAGAAGAGACAGUAAGCAAUGAAAAGCACAGUAUAGUACAGGAGAACUGAUCAUUUCCCCCUUUAUUUAUUUGUCAGUAUUGCUGCCAUAACUACAGCAGAUCUUAAAGUUUGUACCUUUGUUGUUAUAAAAUGGUUUUAAUGUUACUGCUCAUAUCUCUAAAAAGAGGAGGGUCUAAAGAUCCGCUUUCUCAUUUCAGAACAACGUCACUUUUUUUGUUGCUGCUUCUUGCAAGUUGGGAGUAAAUGACACUGUUUAAACAGUGGCUGUUACUGUUCCAGUUUAUAGCCAAGACCACAUGUCGGUUUUUAUUUAAACUGAGAAAAUCAUCGACAAAAUGCGUCCUGUAUUUUAUGCAUAAAUGUGAAACACAGCUAUGAAGUGUUGACAUGUCUCUAACCUUGUUACAUUUGUACAUUGUUUACAUUAUGACUGAUUUUGUUGCUUAUUUGAACCGACUUUACUUUAAUAAAGUGAUGAUCUUUUUUGAUUAAA